AUGUCCUCCUCCGGCAGCCUCAACAUGGCCGACUCCCCACAGCUGUCCACGCUGGCCGACCAGCAGCCAUGUUGUCCGUGUGCGACUCCCUGCUCAUGUACUCACCCGGUCACAUCUAAAGUACUGACCAGAGAAAGAUGCGUCAUGACGUCACUAGGGGGCGGGGUCUGGAACGAUGCAGUCACACAGUACGACGAGGAUUGA